UCAAAGUUGCAGCUAGACAGCUUAACAAGUGCAAACAGUUAACAGCUCUAAAGAUGGCUUCAGAAAUGGAUAUGAAGGAGUUAAAAGGUACUAUUAAUCAAGCCUUUGCAGAAGAUGAAGACCAGAAAAGAAAUGAAUCUACUGAGAAAACAGAGAAGACUGUUUAUGCAGUAGUUAGUGACGAAAUGGAUCCCAAUUCAGGACCCUAUGCUGGAAUGCCCUGGGAAGUCCUGCUGCAAUAUUCAAGUCAACUGUGUUAUAGAUUGCCCAGGGAGAUUAUUUUCUGGCUCAUUGUUGCAGCCACACUAGCUCUGGUUGCCUGUACUAUCAGCAUUAUUGCAGUCUCUCCUAAGUGUCUGGAUUGGUGGCAAGCUAGUCCAAUCUACCAGAUCUAUCCACGAUCCUUCAAAGACUCUGAUGGGAAUGGUGUCGGGGACUUGAAUGGAAUUAAAGAAAAGUUGGAUUACUUUGUGGAUUUAAAAAUCAAAUCUAUAUGGUUAAGUCCAGUGUACAAGUCUCCAAUGAAAGAUUUUGGGUAUGAUGUCGAAGACUUUGAAGAUAUUGAUCCAUUAUUUGGAACUAUGGAAGAUUUUGACAACCUUUUAAAAGCUAUACAUAACAAACGUUUGAAAUUAAUAAUGGACUUCAUUCCAAAUCACACCAGUGACAAACACCGAUGGUUUCAGCUUAGCCGGAACCGAACUGGAAAAUACACUGAUUACUACAUCUGGGUGAACUGUAAAUCAGAGAUGAACAAAAUCACUAACCCCAACAACUGGGUUAGCUUAUUUGGACAUUCUGCAUGGCAGUAUGAUGAGGUUCGAGGACAGUGUUAUUUUCACCAAUUCUUAAAGGAACAGCCUGAUUUGAAUUACAGAAACACUGAUGUGCAAGAAGAAAUGAAAAACGUAUUGAGAUUUUGGCUGGAAAAAGGAGUUGAUGGCUUCCGGGUGGAUGCAGUCAAAUAUCUUUUGGAAGCUGAAAGUCUAAGAAAUGAGCCUCAAGUUAAUUUAACGCAGAAUCCUAAUAAUAUCACAUCAUAUGAUGAGCUAUAUCAUGACUACACAGCCACACAAGUGGGAAUGCAUGACAUUGUCCGGAGCUGGCGACAUGUUUUGAAUGAGUUCAGCACGGAACCAAGCAGAUACAGGUUUAUGAUGACCGAAUCCUAUGACAAUGAAGAACUUCAGAAGACCAUGAUGUACUAUGGAACACCAAUCCAACAGGAAGCUGAUUUUCCCUUCAACUUUUACCUUAUUGAUCUCUAUAAAGACUUGUCAGGAAAUGGAAUAUUUAAACUUGUAGACUACUGGAUGCGCAACAUGCCUACAGGAAAAUGGCCAAACUGGGUGGUUGGAAAUCAUGACAAUUCACGUAUUGCUUCUCGUACGGGAGCAGCAUAUACUGCUGUUAUUAAUAUGCUUCUGCUGACACUUCCUGGAACUCCCACUACAUAUUAUGGGGAAGAACUGGGAAUGGAGAAUAUUGUGGUAUCUGAAGAUGAGAUUCAAGAUCCUUCUGGGAAAUUUGAUCCUACAGCAAAUCCAGAUCGACAACGGUCACCAAUGCAGUGGGACAGCACUGCCAAUGCUGGCUUCAGCACAGCAAACAAAACUUGGCUGCCUGUCCAUCCAAACUAUAUCACAGUAAACGUUGAAGUUGAAAAGGAAGAACAGAAUUCCACGUUGACCCUCUACCGUAAACUUAGCUGUCUUCGGAAAGAACUGCCAAUUCACAGGGGAUGGAUGUGUUACAUUUUUAACGAUGAAGAUGUGUUUGCAUAUGUGAGAGAACUGGAUGGUUUGGAUUCUGUCUUCUUAAUAGUGCUAAAUUUUGGUAAAGCCUCAACUGUUAAUCUGGGGAGCCAAGUCCCAUAUCUUCCUAAAGAAGCAACCGUAAGACUUGGUACUGACCUUAACAAAAGUGGUACUAUAGUUCAGACAGCAUCCUUAAUGACUAGUGCUGGUGAAGGUCUUGUAUUGGAAUACAAAACAAAUAAUCCAGUCCACAGUAAAGCAGAAUUCAAAGAUAAGUGCUAUAUUUCACAGAAAGCAUGUUAUUUGAGUACAAUUGGUUUACUGUACAAGAACUGCUGAGUUUUUAAAAAAAGUUUAGUAAAUAUUCUGUAGGUUAAUCAAAAGUACUUGGCGUACAAGGAAUAAUGCAUUACUUUAUACAAAAUUGACUUUGAUUAAUGAAAAUAAUUGAAACUUAAACUGUAAAUUUUUCCUCAACUUGUUAAAUUCUGCUGCAGCUUCUCACCUUGGUCUUCUAUCUAAUUCCCUUCUGGCUGAGCUUGUAUGAUAAACUCCAAUCACACUAAUAUUAGUGCAUUGUUCUAACAGAUGAAAUUGUUUUCCAAUACAGGUCCAGGACCAGCUCCUGCAACCUCGGAUCAAUACCUUCAUUUCCUAUCUGUAUACAUUAUUGCUACAUAAUUUUACGUACGUUUCAAAUCAUUCCCUGUUUCAGUUCCUUCAGUCUAUUUUAUUCCUCAUUGAAAUGAGACUAAUCAAAAACAGUUAUGUAAUUGUUUGGUACUAUAAACACGAUGCACUAUAAUCAUUCCAUUCUUUCAAGUAUUGUUGAUUAACUUCCUUCAAAAUAUCUCUUUCACUAUUUACUGUGACCUUCCCCUCAGUUUCACCCUUAACACAUAUCUUACAACAGACCCAACCAGUUCACCUCCACCACUACCCUUCUCCACCUGGUUGAACUGGUCUUCACCCUCAACAAUUUCUCUUUUGGCUCCUCCUACUUUAUCUAAACUCACUGCAGCCAUGGGCACCCACAAAGGCCCCAGCUAUGCCUGCACUUUCACUGGCUUCAUGGAACAGUCUAUAUUCCAAGUCUUUCCAGGUAAUGCUCCCCAAAUAUUCCUGUGCUACAUUGCCGACUGCAUUGGUGAUGCUUCAUGCACACAUGCUGAGCUCGUCAAAUUCAUCAACUUUGCCUCCGACUUCUACCAUGCCCUUAAAUUCACUUGGUUCAUUCCUGACACCUAUCUCCCCUUUUUCAAUUUUGUCACCAUUUCCUGGAAGGCAAACUGUCAACUGACGUUUUUAUAAACCCACCAAUUCGCACAGUUAUCUUGACCAUACCUCUUCCCACCCUGUGUCCUGUAAAAAUGCUUACUCCCUUUCCUCAGUUCCUUUGUCUCUGCCCCACCUGCUGCCAGCAUGAGGCUUUCCUUUCCAGAUGUCCUCCUUCACCGAACAGGGUUUUCCUUCCUCCACCAUCUCCUCCAUUUCCCAGACAAUCACACUCAUCCCAUCUGCCCGCCGCCUUAACAGGGAUAAAGUUCCUCUUGGGCUUACUUACCAUCUCAUGAGCUUCUGCAUCCAAUGUAUCAUUACCUGCAACUUCUGCCAUAUUCAGCGGAAUCUGACCACUAAACACGUCUUUACCUUCCUUCUGGCUCUUAUCCCUGCAAGUGGAGGAGAUGAUACACCUGCCCAUUCACCUCCUCCCUCACCUAUAGUCAUUGCCCCAAACAGCCCUUCCAGAUUAGGUAGUGUUUCACCUACAAAUCUGUUGGGGUCCUCUACUCUAUACUGUGCUACCAAUAUGGUCUCCUCUACAUUGUACAAUGUAGAUUGGGAGAUGCUUUGUCAAGUAUCGUUGCUGCUUCUGCAAAAAAAGCAGGCUCUCCUGGUGGCCAACCAUUUCAAUUCCUAACCCAUCCUGACAUGUCAGUAUAUGGCCACCUCUAUGGCCAAAAUGAGGCCACUCUCAGGUUGGAGGAGCAACACCUCAUAUUCCGUCUAGAAAAAAAAAGAGAUAGAUUGGGCGAAAAACACAGAAUAUAUAAAAACUACAGACUGAAAGUCUAUAGUCCGAGUCCACAUUCAAAAUGUAGAAAACCUCGGCAACAUUCUCCGUGCACAGCGGCAGGCUUUCCCCCCUGUGGUAGCAUAGCAGAGCCACCCUCAGUGAUCAAAACACAGGUAGCUGCUGCUCACUCUCCACACUUGCCUCGAUGCCUCAACCUCCUUUGUGGCUUUAGUCAGCACACAAUGGAUUUAUGUCCAGGGACUAUCAAGGAAUUGUCAGUUCCAGGUCAGAAUAGCAUGUGUCCUACAUAAAAUACUUGUAGAUGGUGCCAUUUCCAUUUGCCUCCUGUGCAUGGCCUAGGUAGUAAGUAUGAUGAAUUAAGGAGAUACUAGUGUAAUGUAUUUUAUAUACAGCACAAGGUUCAUAUUGCCCAGCCUUCUGGUGCUGGAGGGUGCAAAUGUUCAGGAUAGUACUAACCUAAAAGGCUGCUGUUUCCUGGGUUGUCUCAUGGUUAAGAUUCUUAAGUAUAGUUAGAGCUGUGUUCACCAGGGAACUGAGAUUAUUCUAUUGCACUUCUCAGGUCUGCUGCAGUAUAAAGAAAAAUUUUGAGGAGUCACUCACCAUCACAUACUCAGUUUCUGCCUGGCCCAGUCAAUGUUUUGUUUGCUCGUAAUUUUAAUAGAUUUUUCCCAAAUAAUAAUGCAUUGGUGAUAAUUCUUAAGCACUCCAGCCACACUUGAAUGAGUAUAUCCACAGCUGACUGUAUAAAGAGGAAAAAAACUGGGUCUUUGGAACAGAUGUAAGGAGUUUUCUUGAUCAGAACUGUAUUGUACUUAAUAAACAAUCACUGAAUGAAUUUUUCAUUUUACCACCUACUGAUAAACAAAGUAAAUCCAAAUUUUAAAAAUGAUAGACUGUUUUUUGAAAGAUGUAGUUAAUAGAAUUCACAUUGAAAGACAGCUUCCCUUGAACAAAGGAAUGUAAGUUAAGUUGCCCUUCAUAGGUUUAGCUGUGUACACUGAUGGGUUGCCUAAUCUCCAAAGUUGUCAGUGAGCUAGUUAUUUGAUGUAUUCUCUUCUCAAAUCUCACACUUAGAGUUGCAGUUUUUAAGCCAAAGCGGUAGUUGCUUUACAUAAACUAUUGAAUAUAAAGGGUUCAUGGUACAGAAGUUAUAAUCAUAUAAAUCUAAAUUUUGAUAGCUCUAUCUUGCUUUACCUGCAACUUUAGCCUUCCUAAGCAUUAUCUAUUGGCCUGCAAUAUCUUAAAAUCUGCAGUGUCUGCUGACAUUUAAAGGUUGUAACUAGACAGAAGCGUAAUUUUACCCUUGCCUAUGAGGUUAUCAGUUACCAUUUAAAUCUGAGUCACUUUGUGACUUUAUUCUAAAUUAUCAAGUCUUGCUUUUGAUUUUUAAUCAAUAAGCAUCAAACCUUUAUAACAGUUCCAGAUCAUAUUUUAAACAAAUUUGAACAAUCAUGAAAUCUAAAGAAUUUAAGGUCCUUCCAACAAGACUCUUUCAAGGUCACAGAUUUGUCUUUUGACGUGAAGUACUUUGAUUGGCUUGUGUGAACUUUUAUGCUUCCAAAUAACCUGAUAUUUUUUGUCUAAAAAGCAUGCUGUCCCAAGUUAUUAAUGGCUUAUGAAGUACAUACAUAGAUUCAAUCUUACUUAGUUUGCUUCCUACCCACUUUCUGUUGCACGGUAUGUUAAUUAUACAGUACGGAAUCUGGCUAUUCAGCUCAUUUCAGUGUAUUCCUGGCAACCAUGAUCCAUUCAAGCCUCUUUUUACUUAAUCUAAUUAACAUUACCUUCCAUACAUUCCCUCAGAUUCUUUAAUUGUCUUGCUUUAAAGAUUGCUACAUAUUUUGUUACUGUGGUAGUAAACAUGACUUGGUACCAUAUUAGAGAUUAAAGUACUUUCAGGAUUUGGUAUUUGAUUUCUUGGACAUUUCUAGCCUAUAGUUUUGUUUCUCUCCACAAAUGGAAGCACUCUGCCAAAAUGUUUUCAUGGAUUUAUAAAUACACCCAUCUCUUUUGCUGAAAACCAGUCUGUUCAACUUUCCUAAAAGUAAUCUUGUUCUUCUGGUAUCAUCAUAAUUAACAUUUUUGCUGUAAAAUUUCCAAGUAAAAUGCAAAAUAAAAAUGUAAUUCUAAAUAUCAGCUAUUAUAUAUUUAAACUGAAAAAUGCUAUGUGUUUACAAUCUGUUGAAGUUCUUCUGGAAUCGAUUAGGCUUUCUAAUAUGAUGACAUCUGGAAAUUUGUAUUAAAGUAUUGUUUGUUAUAUCUUAGCUAUUAAAUCAAAAAAAUGAAUAACAGUGGUACCAGCAAAGAUCUUAGCUGAAUCCUACUUUCUACCCACUGCCACUUUGAGCACAUUUUAUUUUGAAAACUGCUUAUCUGACUGGGAGCUGGAAGCAUAGUCUAUUAGUGGAAUGAUUGUUCAUAACCUGAUCAAACUGAUUUGCCCUUUUGAAAGGAAUUUGCAAAAGAGUAAGACCAAUAAAAGUUGUACAAUAAAUCCUCC